GCGGGCGGGAGCGGCGAGCACGCGGGGGGCGAAGCGGGAGGCGGCGAGGGCGGCGGACGUGAAGGUGGCGGCGGGGAGGGCGGCGGCGGGGACGGCGGCGGCGGCGACGGUGGCGGCGGCGAAGGUGGAGGCGGGCUGGGUGGGGGCGGCGAAGGAGGCGGCGGCGAAGGAGGCGGCGGCGAAGGCGGAGGCGGUGACGGUGGCAGAGGCGACGGCGGCGGUGGCGAGGGCGGUGGCGGGCUCGGCGGAGGAGGCGAAGGGGGUGGCGGCGAGGGGGGUGGCGGGCUCGGAGGCGGCGGCAACGGCGGUGGAGGUGAAGGCGGUGGUGGCGAUGGGGGCGGCGGAGAGGGCGGUGGUGGGGACGGUGGUGGCGGGGAUGGAGGCGGCGGGCUCGGCGGCGGCGGCGAGGGCGGCGGCGGUGAAGGCGGCGGUGGGCUUGGAGGCGGCGGCGAGGGCGGCGGCGGUGACGGCGGGGGUGGGCUGGGCGGAGGCGGCGACGGUGGCGGCGGGCUCGGCGGAGGCGGGGACGGAGGUGGCGGCUUCGGAGGUGGGGGCGAUGGCGGCGGUGGGGACGGAGGUGGCGGUGAAGGCGGAGGCGGGCUCGGCGGCGGUGGCGAGGGCGGCGGCGGCGAGGGCGGCGGCGGCGAGGGCGGCGGCGGGGAAGGGGGUGGCGGCGAAGGAGGUGGGGGCGACGGCGGUGGGGGCGAUGGCGGCGGUGGGGACGGAGGUGGCGGUGAAGGCGGAGGCGGGCUCGGCGGCGGCGGGGACGGAGGCGGUGGGGAUGGCGGCGGCGGCGAGGGCGGCGGCGGGCUCGGCGGAGGCG